CUUUGCGACUCCACAUUGCCUGGUCUCCUGCGAGGCAUGAGCGUGGGCAGGACUGGCCGCUACAGCAUCGUGUCCUCCGAGGAAGAAGGCCUGCGCCUCGCUACCAUGCCCGGGAUGAACGGCUUCGGCAACGGCAAGAUCCACACGCGCCGGAAGUGCCGCAACCGCUUCGUCAAGAAGAAUGGCCAGUGCAACGUCCAGUUCGCCCACAUGGACGAGAAGUCCCAGCGCUACAUCUCCGACAUGUUCACCACCUGCGUGGACAUCCGCUGGCGCUACAUGUUCCUGGUCUUCACCCUGGCCUUCGUGGUCUCCUGGCUGGCGUUCGGCCUGGCCUUCUGGGUGAUCGCGCUGGUCCACGGCGACCUGGACAACCCCGGCGGGGACGAGAACUUCACGCCCUGCGUGCUCCAGGUCAAGAGCUUCGUGGGGGCCUUCCUCUUCUCCAUCGAGACGCAGACCACCAUUGGCUACGGCUUCCGCUGCGUCACGGAGGAGUGCCCCAUGGCGGUCUUCAUGGUCGUGUUCCAGUCCAUUGUGGGGUGCGUCAUUGACUCUUUCAUGAUUGGCGCAAUCAUGGCGAAAAUGGCCCGGCCCAAGAAGAGAGCCCAGACGCUCCUCUUCAGCCAUAACGCGGUCAUCGCCAUGAGGGACGGCAAACUUUGCCUCAUGUGGCGGGUGGGGAAUCUCAGAAAGAGCCACAUUGUGGAGGCCCAUGUCAGGGCACAGCUGAUUAAGCCACGGAUUACUGAGGAAGGGGAGUAUAUACCUUUAGACCAAAUAGAUAUUAAUGUCGGCUAUGACAAAGGCACAGACCGGAUUUUCCUGGUCUCACCCAUCACGAUUCUUCACGAGAUCGAUGAAGAGAGCCCCCUGUUUGGCAUCAGCAAGCAGGACUUGGAAACAUCUGACUUUGAGAUUGUUGUUAUACUUGAGGGCCUGGUGGAGGCGACUGCCAUGACAACGCAGGCGCGCAGCUCAUAUCUGGCCUCAGAGAUCCUGUGGGGUCACAGGUUCGAGCCCGUCCUCUUUGAGGAGAAGAACGAGUACAAAGUGGACUACUCCCACUUUCACAAAACCUUUGAGGUGCCGUCGACCCCUCGCUGCAGUGCCAAGGACAUGGUAGAGAACAAGUUCCUGGCCCCCAGCACCAACUCCUUCUGCUAUGAAAACGAACUCGCUUUCAUGAAUAGGGAUGAAGAAGAAGAAGAAGAAAACGGCGACAGGGUCGUGGAUGAAGCUGGGAACAACCGACAUGAGUUAGAAAGACUACAAGUCACCAUCCCCCUGGAUCAAAGGUCAUUCCGCAGAGAAUCUGAAAUAUGA